UGGAGCUUUUGUUUUGUUUUUGUUUUCUCCCUUGUUUUUGAGAGCAACUUCAAGUUAACUACUAUUUCUGCUGCUAUACAACACUCAACUUUUGGUGAUUGUUCCGGUAAGAUGGGAGAAGGUUGUCGAUCCUGGUUUCCUCAGCGGCAAUUCAAUCCGCAAUCACCCAACUUGAAUUCCUUGGCUGCUCCACAUCCUUUGGUUCAGCAAAGUACUAAUCCUCAAUUCAUAAACACUGGCAGUAUUAUGGCCUCAAUUGCCGGAACUCUGCCAGAUUAUGCAAAUCCUGAAAUACCUUACUUGCAGGUUGGCCAAGUUAAGGAACCUCGUGGUUGGUUUGACUGUUUACCCCGCUUCCAGCAGGGCUUGUCACAUGCAUCUGUCUUGAAUGCCUCUUUGAGAUUGCAAUUUCCAGCUAACCCGUAUGAGAAUCUUGCUGAAAAAAUCAUUUCUAACGAGGAGUCUGACUAUGCUCAGAAGAGAUUCCUUGUUUUUGAUCAAUCUGGUGAUCAAACUACUUUGAUCUUUAGUUCUGCUAUUGGGACUCCUAUCAAGGGCACCUCUGGGGGUCUAAAAUCUCCUGUUGGUUGGAAAUUUAAUGACAAGGAUCCUAUAACGAAAGUAAACCCAAAUCUUUACUCUGAACCAGUAUCCACCAACAUGUUUGAUGAGAAUGGGACUGAUGCAAAAAGUGAAAUGCACGAGGAUACUGAAGAAUUGAAUGCCUUGCUGUACUCGGAUGAUGAUAUUUAUUUUACUGAUGUUGAAGUUACGAGUUUAGUUCAUUCUCCUAGUACAAUGACAGUUCGUGAUGAGCAGUUUGAGGGAGGAACUGAAAAGGUUGAUAGUUCUUCUGGAUUAACUAAAAGGCGGAAACUGCUUGAUGGGAGUAAUGAUUCGGUGCCAUUGGUUAUGGACACUACCAGUUCAGUAUUUGGUGGUCCAGAAUCAUCUUCAGGCAAUAAGAGAACGAGAUUGGUGGAUAAAAUUCCUGAGACUCUGCCGUUGCUCAUGGACACAGCCAUUUCGGUGAAUCCUAACAGAUGUUCUGAAUAUGAGGAUGAUGCAGAUUCUAGCUGCGUCAAUGACCAAAAUCCCGUAUCUGGUGAUGCAAAUUCAUCUACAGGCUACAAGAGAAUGAGAAUAGAUAAGAUUCGCAUGACUGUUGGUGUUUUACGAAGCUUAAUUCCAAGUGGGGAGGGCAAAGAUGCAAUUAUGGUUCUUGACGAAACCAUUGAUUACUUGAAAUCCCUUAAACUCAAAGCCAAAGCCUUUGGACUUAAUACUCUAUAAUGUUGCCACUGUUUUUAUUGCUUGUGUUAGUGGUAGGAUCUGUCAUUAUCAUUCAGUUG